UUUAAGGAAUAGAAAAUAAUUUAUGAUCCUGAAUUUUAGUUUUUAUGUUAUAAGGGACUAUAACUAUAGUAUACUAAUACUACAGUAUAUUUACAUAACAAAGUACAAUAAAAAUGUUUAUAUACACCUCUUAAACUCAGGAGAGAUCAUUUCGAUUGUGCUGUGUAAAUGAUCAUUUCUUAUUAAAAACCAUACCAAUAUAUUCGUUCCAUAUUUUCAUUGCAUUUUUAUUUUUGUAAAGUCUUCAAGCAGCAAAGUUUGUGAAUUAAGCAUAGUGAAGAGGAAAAGGAGGAGAUUAGCAGACUAAAUAAAGCCAACAGUGGCACAUUUAACUAUUUCAGCUAAUGUGGUCUCCUAGGGCACUUUGUCUAAGUGUGUGUAAAGGUAGGUGUAUGUGUGUUAUGAGGGUCUGUUUAUGUGCGUGUGAGUCAGUGAGUAACAGAUGCUGUUAGAGAGAUAUUCUGAUGAAGAUCUUUGGGCACUUCACACUGGAUUCUGUCUUAUAAGAAGUUGACUCCAAAUAAAAAUGUGUUAGUCAUCUACGUUGAGCAUGUUCUUUUGAUUAGCCCCUCAGUAUGAUGAUACAGACGAUCAUAUGGAUUAGAGAGCUGAGUGCUGACGUUAGUGGUGACUGACAUUUCUGUGUUAAAGCGCAGCUCUUAACAAGGAGAAUGGGUUGCGUAUGCAGUGGUGCAGGUAAUCAUAAAGAAAGAUGUAAUAUAAAUAACAAUUCAGCAGCUGCCAGGAACUCACAUCAAAGAUCACAAGAGCAGAGUGGGGCGAACGGUGAAGACAUCGCCAUUGCGCAGCAUGAUUUUAACCCAACCAACGAGAGCGACCUUCCAUUUAAGAAAGGAGAGAAACUCAAAAUCAUACAUGAAAAUGGGGACUGGUGGUUGGCCAAAUCUCUGGUUACUGGAAAUGAGGGAUACAUUCCAUGUACGUAUGUUGCCCGAGCCCACACACUGGAGGUGGAAAGAUGGUUUUUCAAAAAUUUAAGUCGCAGGGAGACAGAACGUCUCCUGCUAGCCCCAGGGAACAGGGUCGGCACAUAUCUCGUAAGAGAGAGCGAGACAACUCCAGGUGCGUUCUCCCUGUCUAUAAGAGAUGUUACACCAGAACAUGGUGAUGUGGUCAAGCACUAUAAGAUCCGUACGCUUGAUAAAGGCGGAUAUUACAUCUCUCCCUCCCUGACCUUCUCGUCUUUGCAGGAACUGAUACAGCACUACUCAAGAUCAGCGGAUGGUCUGUGUCAGAGGUUGGGGAGCCCCUGUAGAUCUACUACUCCUCAGGCACCCUGGGAUCAGGAUGAGUGGGAGAUCCCAAGGGAAACAUUAAAGAUGGUGAAGAAACUGGGUGCUGGGCAAUUUGGAGAGGUCUGGAUGGGGUACUAUAAAAACAACAAGAAGGUGGCAAUUAAGACUCUAAAGCAAGGCAGCAUGGAGCCGGAGGCCUUCCUGCAGGAGGCUAAUCUCAUGAAGAAGCUGCAGCAUGACAGACUUGUUAAACUGCAUGCUGUAGUCACAAAGGAGCCCAUCCUCAUAGUCACCGAGUUCAUGACAAAUGGGUGCUUAUUAGAGUUUCUGAAAACCGAUGACGGCAGAAAACUAAAACUGCACAAACUGAUAGAUAUGGCAGCUCAGAUUGCAGAGGGUAUGGCGUAUAUAGAAAGAAAGAAUUACAUUCACAGAGACCUUCGCGCUGCCAACAUAUUGGUGUCUGAAACCCUGCACUGUAAAAUAGCUGACUUCGGCCUGGCCAGGAUUAUUGAGACUGAGUACACGGCACAGGAAGGUGCAAAGUUUCCAAUUAAGUGGACAGCCCCAGAAGCAAUUAAUUUUGGUACGUUCAGCAUCAAGUCAGAUGUCUGGUCCUUUGGCAUUCUCAUGACCGAGAUAGUAACCUAUGGAAGAGUGCCUUAUCCAGGAAUGACAAAUCCAGAGGUGAUCCGUAACCUGGACAAGAUGUACAGGAUGCCAUGUCCAGAUGACUGUCCUCAGGAACUCUAUGACAUAAUGAUGUUAUGUUGGAGAGAAAAGGCUGAGGACAGACCCACAUUUGAGUACCUGCAAGACACUCUCAAUGACUUCUACAUUGCCACUGAGGGCCAGUAUGAGAUGCAGCCUUAGUCAGCGAAUCUACUCAAACAAGCUAACGGAUAAGAAACGUCAGGAUGUCAGGAUGUAAGUGGAUUACCGGAUUAAAUGGCUAAACCAAAAAAAUGUAAACUUUCUGCACCUGGCCUAAUUAAUUACAAUAAUUAUGAAUCCUUGACAUACUGUAUUUCAACAAAUUAUAUUUUAUCCCUGAAUUCACAUGGAAAAUUAUGGAGUGUAUUUGGAGAACAUUUGUUAGUUCACGGGACCUCAUGCAUUUCAUAUCAAAUAUGAUUUUUUUAUGUACUACAAGCACAUGCUGGACACAUCACGUUUGCACUUUCUGCAACAUUGGGGUCAGACAUCGACUGUGGCACUUCGAAGAAAAAGCUUGGGUCAUUGUUAUUACCGACCUGCUAAUGUGGACAUCAAUCUGUUGCCUUUAUCCCCUUAAAGAUCUGCCAGGUGUGGCACUGCAGUAAAGCAGAACUGCUUCAGCAAGGACAGAACUAAAGAAUUUAGGAAAGAUCAGGAGAGAAGUUUAAAUUGAAUAUAUUUUAUAUAUACAGUAUGUACACAUUUAGCAUAUUUUGAUAUAUUUGUAAUGUCUUUUUUUAAUGAGAUGUUUGAAAGGUUACUGUACAUAAAUGUAUUAUAUUUAAAAGCAUGGAACUGAAGUUGGCCUGUCGAGUAAAAUAGCUCUUGAAUUAUCCAUGCACUUAUGCCAA